UGACACCCACCGGAACCAGUGACCAUAGAUUGAUCCGGAGACGGUGGUGUUGUUGUUGUUGUUGUUGUUUUUGUCGUCGUAGUCGUCGUCGUGUGUCUUCGGUAGAUAUUAAAGUUGUACCGACCAAGCUGCGACAUGUCUUCGGUUCAGCACCUGAGGGAGUUCAUCGGUGAGCGACUGACCGCAGCUGCUCUGGAAAUAUUCGGCGUCUUCGAGAAAACCGUCGUCGCGCACGAGGAGGAGAUCGCUCGUCUGCGCAAACUGCUGGAACCUCGAGCAACAACGCGACAAUGGACGGAGCUCCCACAGCAUCUUGUCUGUAAGGAGGAGGAGGUUCUCACUGACCAGGAGAGGAACUCCAGUCUGGACCAAGAGGAGCCAGAGCCGCUACAGAUUAAAGAGGAACAGGAGGAAAUCUGCCUCAGUCAAGAGGGAGAGCAGCUUGUACUGAAGCAGGAGACUGAUGCCUUCAUGUUGACCCCGGUCUGUGAGGAAGGAGACCACAGAGAACCAGAACCAGACGUUGACCACAAGCUCCUCUCUCACAACUCUCCUGUGGCCGAGAGCCAAGAUCAGGAAGGAAGCAAACAUGUGGCCUCGGGUUCUCGAUUCAGACUCAACACGUGGACCAUGAACUCCAGUGCAGAGCCAAAGCCACAGAAGAGCCCUCACAAGAAGAAGAGUCAGAGUAACACCUCUCAUGCGCACACCAAGUGUGUCACUUGUGGAAAAUGUUUCAAGUUCAAGUAUGAACUGUAUGCACAUCUGAAAAGCCACGCAGAGCAGAAGCUAUAUUGGUGCAAAAUUUGUGGCAAAAGAAUUCUUACCAUGUUCAGUUAUAAAGCACAUAUGAGAUUUCACACAGGUGAGAAGCCAUAUUCUUGCCAAGAAUGUGGGGAAAGCUUCGAUUGCUGUGGCACCUUGACCACCCACAUGACAUCUCACGCACUUGAGAGGCAGCAAGAAACAACUCUUAGUAAAAAAAUCCUCCACUCGAAGGUUACGUUGCCUUAUAUCAAACUUCCUCGCAGGCUUUGACAUUGAACAAUUUAUACUAUAAAUUGGAUACAUUUACAAGGCAGGGGGAUAACUCAACCUUCUUUAAUAGUUCCCACCCACUUCAGUUUGUAUGGUGUGGUAUGUCAGUUCAGGUGGUCAGCAUUACUACACAGAUGUGGAAAUGAGUGUAAAUUUAAAAAAUAAUUUCUAUAUCUUGACAGAUACACUGUGACCUGUAAGUUCAAAUUCACUGAGGCAUGAUAUUAUUGAAAUUGCAAAAAUAAAAAAAAUCGUAAAAUAAA